UUUCGCACCUACCGCAGACACACGAUGGGGAUGAAAGUCCUCGCGGCGCUGGCGGCCACGUGUAUCGCGCUUGUGCAUGCCGCGCACUUCUUCGUUACACCGAACGAUCACAAGUGCUUCUACUUGGACCUGCCCAAAGGCACAACGUUCCGCGCCGAGUACGAAUCCCCUGACACGACGGACGAACUGAAAACUGUAUUGAAGAUUUACAGCCCGUCGAUGACGGACGAAGCAAAUCAAACCCCGUCGAUCACGCAGACCUUGAGUCAAAAAGGAACUAUCUCCUUUACGUCGACGAGCGCUGGGGAGCAUUGGUCGUGCGUGAGUCUCGACACGCACAAAUACGUCAUUCCAGAUUCGAUCAAGAUGAAAUUCAAGCUUAAAUUGCGUUUUGGAACGAGCAACGACGAAUACGAGUACCUGAAGAAAGACCAAAUGAACGAACUCGAGCUCGAAGUGAUGAAGCUGCGCGAUCGCGUGAAGGCGAUCCAGAACCAACAGGAUUAUGCCCAGGAAAAAAGCGAAAAAUUUCGUGCCACGAGCGAGAGCAACAAUGCGCGGGCGAUGUGGGUGUCUGUCGUUCAGAUUGUGGUCCUUCUCGUCGCGGGGGUGUGGCAAGUGCACCACUUGCAGUCGUUCUUCCAAAAGAAAAAGCUCGUCUAGCAUUAGCAAAUGCAAAUGGAAUGAAUGGUCCUUCGACGUCGCCGUCUGCAACUAUUUCGGACGCCAGAGGGGAGGGACCCUCCGCCAACGAAUUU